AUGGAAUCCACACAGUACUACAUUUUGUUUAUCUGUGGAAUACUACUCUCCUUGAGUUUUCGGGGCUUUUGGUUAUCCUCUGGCAGAUCUUCGGUACCGUACCUGAAAGUUCUUUUUGCUCGGAAAAUCCGGUAUGCAGCGCUCCCUCGUUGGGUUGCAAUAACCCGGCUGGAGUUGCUCGCCCUACUGUUAUACUUUGGAGCCAACAGCUUAGCUCUAGCGCUAGGACUUCCCGCUACCGAUGUCAGAGGCUUCGAGCAGCGGGCCGCUAGGCUUGCUCUAAUCAAUAUGAUCCCCUUGUAUCUAGGAGGUCUAGCGAAUCGUCUCGCUGAUCUAGUCGGCAUUCCUCUAUCGUUAUACUACUUUGCACAUUUCUGGGUUGGGCGAGUUGUUGUCGUAGAGGUUCUUCUUCACGCAGUUUUAGCUAUUGCCUUGCGCCCUAUCCCAGGACAAUUACCGACAUCUGGAUACCUUGUAGCCAGUGUUGGCGGGGUGUGGUUAGAUGACAGAGUAGUUGGCUUCGAAGUGCACACCGAACGUCCUGUCCACGUGCUCCCUGGAGGGUAUUUUCAUAUCUUCCUCCCAGGCUCGAUCUUUCGCUAUCACUUCUUUAGCAGCUACCCUGCGUUAGCAUUGUGGAAGCAAACGGAAAACUCACGUUCUAUACAGGGAAUCGAAAAUGUCCAAGACAUCUCGUUCAUCAUAUCCCGAAGCAGGCAUACGGAACGGCUUGACCGACUAAGCAAAGGGCAAUGGAUACUACUUCAUGGCCCUUAUGGACAUAAUCUCCGGUUGGAGUCCUACGAAAACGUCAUCCUCGUAGCAAAGGGUAUCGGAAUUCUGGGAGUGCUACAACACGCAUUUUGUAUCGCAUUACGAAAAGCAUACGACGACCGAAUCAGGGGAGAGCUGAGGGAUAUCGCAGCCGCCGAAAAAACCUUACCAGUCGAUAAGCGCAGUCUAAUAGAGAGGAAAAGGAAGCUCUCUCGGCCUGGCUGGAAUGCUCAACUGCCUGAGUCAAGCGAUGCACUAUCGCAGCGCCCGCUCUUCUGCGACUCUACUCGGCAGUUAGACGUUUUCUGGAUUCUGGACGAUAAUUCUCAGGGAAUUUGGGUUGCGAACGAGAUUGAGGCACUAAAGAGACUGGAUCCCCUGCAUACACUCCUUGUCUUCCUGUGUAUGAUUCCAUCCCCGCCUACCGGAACGACACCAUUCAAAGAGUCGAGCCACUUCUCUUGUUUAUACCCCAGACCAGGACUGGCGAGCUUCGAUAAGCUCGUCCGUGAUAAAAUUCAACUGGAGACUCGAUCGCCCGGGAAAGUCGCUGUUAUCGGUUAGUGCUUAUACGCCCUCAUUCCCGGUUUUCCUAAGAGUUUCUAUGCUUCC